AUGAUUCAGCUGUUUUUGAUGAUCACCCAGGAGGCAGGCCAGUUCAUAGUGACCUUCCCAUUCGGUUACCACGCUGGUUUCAACCACGGCUUCAACUGUGCUGAGUCCACUAACUUUGCCACACAGCGAUGGAUCGAUUAUGGCAAAAUAGCCACACUGUGCUCGUGCCGUAAGGACAUGGUGAAGAUCUCCAUGGAUGUGUUUGUGAGGAAGUUCCAACCAGACCGCUACAAGGCCUGGAAGGCAGGGAAGGACAACACUCCUAUUGACCACUCCAAGCCCACGCCAGAGGCUGCUGAGUUCCUGAAGGGAGAGAAGACGGAGCCUGGGAAGGAGUGUCCAAGCCCCAGCGAGGCCCCUGACCAGGAGAAUACCCCAGGCACCACCACUCAGGAGGAGAAGAGCCCGAAGCCGAAGGUUGGGAAGAAGCGCCAGCGAGGAGGAGAUGUGGAGGCAGCAGAGGACGGAGACACUGAGCAGGCUGAGGAGGAGGAGGAGGAGGGAGAGGUGGACCAGAAGAAAGCCAAGCUGGGCCAGGAGGAGGAGGGACUCAGUCCGGCACACAAAGAGCUAAAGCCAGAAGACGUUAAAAAUGAGCGAACAAAGCCACCACCCAACGCAAAGACCAACCGAAACACAAACGCCAGCCGAAAGCUAGCACUUCAGAUGAAAGCCAAAAUCUCUCUUAAAUCCACUCCAAUUAAGUCUCAGCCACAGACUAACAAACAGUCAACCCAACCAGCGGCCCCAGAACCCUCCCCCCAGAGCUCAGAGAAGGCCGGCCCCAGUGAGGAUGUGAAGCCUCCAGCCAGCAGCUCCAGCCCUGCCCACCCAGCCAGCAGCUCCAGCCCUGCCCACCCAGCCAGCAGCUCCAGCCCUGCCCACCCAGCCAGCAGCUCCAGCCCUUCCCACCCAGCCAGCAGCUCCAGCCCUUCCCAGCCAGCCAGCAGCUCCAGCCCUUCCCAGCCAGCCAGCAGCUCCAGCCCUUCCCAGCCAGCCAGCAGCUCCAGCCCUUCCCAGCCAGCCAGCAGCUCCAGCCCUUCCCAGCCAGCCAGCAGCUCCAGCCCUUCCCAGCCAGCCAGCAGCUCCAGCCCUUCCCAGCCAGCCAGCAGCUCCAGCCCUUCCCAGCCAGCCAGCAGCUCCAGCCCUUCCCAGCCAGCCAGCAGCUCCAGCCCUUCCCAGCCAGCCAGCAGCUCCAGCCCUGCCCAGCCAGCCAGCAGCUCCAGCCCUGCCCAGCCAGCCAGCAGCUCCAGCCCUGCCCACCCAGCCAGCAGCUCCAGCCCUGCCCACCCAGCCAGCAGCUCCAGCCCUGCCCACCCAGCCAGCAGCUCCAGCCCUGCCCACCCAGCCAGCAGCUCCAGCCCUGCCCACCCAGCCAGCAGCUCCAGCUCCAGCCCUGCCCACCCAGCCAGCAGCUCCAGCCCUUCCCACCCAGCCAGCAUCUCCAGCCCUGCCCACCCAGCCAGCAGCUCCAGCCCUGCCCACCCAGCCAGCAGCUCCAGCCCUGCCCACCCAGCCAGCAGCUCCAGCCCUGCCCACCCAGCCAGCAGCUCCAGCCCUUCCCACCCAGCCAGCAGCUCCAGCCCUGUCUACCAGCUCUUUCAGAGGACCCUGAGCCCUGCAGACGUGCUGCACGUCCACAGCUACGCUAAGGGAGACUACAGCGAGGGAGAGACCAGGGAGGGCAAGGAGGAGAGAAGAAACGAUAGUAGUGAUAGUGAAGGAGAGGAACCGGAAGACAGCAAGGGAGCAGAGGAGGGAGCGGAGGAUGACGCUGUGCCCAGCAAGCUGGGGAAGCUGCCUUGUCACCACCGUCUGAUGAAGGACAACAUGAGUGACGAGGAGCUGCCAGAGCAGCCCCCAUUAGAGGAGGAUGGGUUAGAGGGAGAGUCGUGGGCCAAGCCCCUGGCCCACCUGUGGCAGAAUAGGCCUCCCAACCUGAAGAAAGAGAAGGAGUACAACAGUUGCAUGGGCCUCCAGGCCCCAUACUGCUCGGUGUGCUCACUCUUCCAGGCAUACCAGCAGACGGAGUGUGCUGAUGACGGUACGGACCCUCCAGUGGUGCUGCCUGGAGGCAGGCUGAGAACCAAGCCCCUAAUCCCUGAGAUGUGUUUCACCACCACCACGGAGCCAGAGGAGGGCGCUAAGGAGAAGGAACCUGGAGCCCCGGCCCCAACCACCCCUCACCUGGAUCCAGACGGCACCAGCCUGCUCAUCAGCUGCUCCCACUGCAGCGUCCGCGUACACACCAGCUGUUAUGGCGUGGAUCCAGAGAGUGUGACUAAGGACUGGAAGUGUGCUCGCUGUAAGGCCAAUUCCAUGACUGAGAGUUGCUGUUUGUGUUCGCUGAGGGGUGGUGCCUUGCAGAAAGCCAACAACAACAAGUGGGUCCAUGUGCUGUGUGCAGUAGCAGUGUUGGAGGCUCGCUUUGUGAACAUCACUGAGAGAAGCCCUGUGGAUCUGAGUGGGAUUCCUCUACAGAGGUUUAAACUGAAAUGUUACUAUUGUAAGAAGCGGAUGAAGAAGACGUCCGGGUGCUGUGUACAGUGUUCCCAUGGCCGCUGUCCUACGGCCUACCACCCUACUUGUGCCCAGGCUGCUGGGGUCCUCAUGCAGCCAGACGAGUGGCCCUUUGUGGUCUAUGUCACCUGCUGCCGGCACAAGGGCCCUAUUCAGACAGAGCGUAACAAAGCAGCCAUGCAUGAGCUCACUGUGGGAAGGAGGGUGAUCUGUAAGCACAGAAAUGGCCGCUACUACCAGUGUGACGUGGUGCAGCUGUCCAAGGAGACGUUCUAUGAGGUCAACUUUGAUGACGGCUCCUUUAGCGAUAACCUCUUUCCCGAGGACAUUGUGGGCCGGGACUGUGCCCAGCUAGGCCCCCCACCACAGGGGGAGAUGGUGCAGGUCCGGUGGACAGAUGGUCUGGUCUAUGGGGCCAAGUUUGUGGCUGCUCACGUCAUCCAAAUGUACCAGGUGGAAUUUGAAGAUGGGUCACAACUAACAGCCAAGAGAGAUGAUGUCUAUACUCUGGAUGAGGAGCUGCCUAAGAGAGUCAAGUCAAGACUGUCCAAGGCGUCAGACAUGCGUUUCGAUGGGAUCUUUGAGGACAAGGAGGCCAUCCAGCAGUCGAAGAGGCAGAGAGUGAUCAACUCACGGUACAGAGGAGACUACGUUGAACCUGUGAUCUACAGAGCCAUCAUGGAGUAGCCUGCCAACUACAGCAUGGAGUAGCCUACUCUUCCAACAAACCACCAGCACUGAUAUUCCUGAACCGGACUUCUCCUCACUUUACCUUAAUUUAUCCACUGAGUGAGUGAGUGUAGCUCUGACUAAAGGACUUCCUCUGAAAAUAACUUUCUAACCCCUAGUUUGGACUGUUUUCUUUUUUCUUCCAUUCAUCCCUUCAUCAUUUACAGCAUUAUGCGCCAGUUUCCCGGACACUGAUUAAGCCUAGUCUUGGACUGAAAAACCCUUUCAAUGGAUAUGCUUUUUAGUCCAGGACUAGGCUUAACCUGUGUCUGGGAAACCGAACCCAAUUGUUAUUACUUGUAUGUUUUCUUUGACUGUGAUCAAGGAUUAAAGAACAGGCCACCUUCUCCACUCGGUAUAGGUUAUAGAAGCCGGGAAGGAACUGCCAUCCAUGUCACCUUUUAUGCCACCCUGCAAGUGCCCAGUAGCUGUAACUCAUCUCUUGAAUGGAAGCAAUCUCGGACCAUGAAUUCUGCUUCCAAACAAGAUGUAGCUUUCUAAUAAUAAUAGUAACAAUCCACUCAUUAGAACUGUGGCAGGAAUAACUUCCUAAAGGGAGUGAAGCAGACACAAAAGUUACUGCCACUCAUCCUCAUAAACACUGAUUACAGUGUUUUUUGACUCGCAAUUUCACAGAAUGUUGCCAGUUGUUCAUUUAUGUGCAUCUAUUUAUUUUCCUAUGUAGUUUUUCAGGGUGCUACUUGCACCUACAGUACCAGUCAAAAGUGUGGACACACUUACUCAUUCAAGGGUUUUUCUUUAUUUUUACUUUUUUUUUUA